AUGGCUUUGUGUGCAGCAGCAAAUCAAGCAACCUGGUUAAAAAGACUUCUCAUGGACUUAGGGAUCACUACUCAAGUUGGAGUACCAAUCUAUAGUGACAGUCAGUCGGCUAUUGCCAUUGGAAGAAAUCCCGUUCAACAUAGGAGAACCAAACACAUACAAAUAAAGUAUCAUGUUGUUAGAGAUUAUGAGAAGAGUGGUGAGAUUCAACUGAUGUAUCGCAAAGGGGAAGAUCAAGUGGCUGAUGUUUUCACUAAGGCAUUGGGAGGACAAAGCUUCGACAAGCUUCACAAUAAGCUUGGAGUUGUAACUGGGUCUGAGAUUUUAGAUGUCCAAGGUUUCCAAGAUCUUCAUUCACAGGAGCAUUUAGUGAAUUGUAUCUUUGCGGAAUACCUGGACAGUGCUGUGAACUUCAAACCAAAGAACCGAUUGGUGAGGAAAACAUAUAUGAAUAUGCUCAUCUGUCUCGUUGAGACGCUGAACAAGCCUCCACAUAGCUUAUCUGCAACUGCGCUAAGCAUCGCUCGGGACGAGUUGAUUGAUCUUACAAAUGCAGGCUUCAAGCUAGACGGAUUGAAGGAAAAUCUUGAUGAGGUUUCCUUGGCGAGGAAGAAAGAAAAUGCGGAUUGUUUUCGAUUCAAACAUCAAGGAUCUCACAAUUGA